CCUUCUCGCUCGUCCCGAGGGUGCUUCCCGCCUGGGAGGAGGAAACGUGGCCGCAGGGGGCUGAGCGACGGUGGGGCGGCUGGACGCCCUCGUAACCCCACCCGCCCACCCGCCGCUGGCUCGGGAGAAACCAGCUUGAUCUUCCUCCUGGGGAGCGGCUUCCCCCGACCCCGCCCAGCCGGUGCCUCCAGCAGUCUCCGCAAAAAUGCACCCGUGUUAGACCGACUGUCAUCUAGAAAUGGCACAGGGCGUCCGACGAACAAUCAAGAACUUUCCUUCUGCGUAUUUAGGCAGAAGUAGGACGCGAAGCAUCGGGUUCCCGUUUUGCUGCCUAAUCCGGAGGCUCCAGUUUCCGCGGCUGCUUCUCUUGGGUGUUACCUGCCACGCCGUCGUCUGCUCCUUAUGGCGACCUGGCCUUGAAGGAAGUGCCAGCCUUUUGCAUCUUUACAGUAACAAGUCACACCCCGAGCAGGGCUGUUGUGAAAGAGAAGUUAGAUUAGCCUCGUCUCUCGACUUCUGGACGCUCUCCUCUGAAAACCUUAUAGCUGUGUUGCCAAUUGAUCCUGUUAAAGAAAAUUAUGUGCGUAAAGUGAAAAACUGUGUUUUUUCAAUUGCCUUCCCCACUCCUUUCAAAUCAAAAGUACAUCUUGUAGCAGUUUCAAAGCAAGUGCUAGAAGAUAUUUUGGACCUUGAUUUAUCUGUCUCAGAAACAGAUGAUUUUAUCCAGCUUGUAAGUGGCGAAAAGAUAGUACUUGGAUCCAUUCCAUUGGCUCACAGAUAUGGGGGCCACCAGUUUGGGAUAUGGGCAGAUCAGCUCGGGGAUGGAAGAGCCCAUCUUAUUGGAACUUACAUGAACAGGCAGGGUGAAAAGUGGGAGCUCCAAUUAAAAGGCUCAGGAAAAACCCCAUAUUCCCGAAAUGGCGACGGCAGAGCUGUGCUUCGUUCCUCCAUGAGAGAAUUUUUGUGUAGUGAGGCUAUGUACUAUCUCAGAAUUCCCACUAGCAGAGCUGCAAGUCUGGUUGUAAGUGAUGAUGCAGUAUGGAGAGAUCAGUUCUACAAUGGAAACGUUGUGAAAGAACGAGGUGCAGUAGUGCUGCGUGUUGCAAAAUCAUGGUUUAGAAUUGGAUCGUUAGAAAUUUUGGCUCAUUAUGGUGAAUUGGAUUUACUAAGGAUGUUAUUAGACUUCAUCAUACAGGAACACUUCCCCUCGGUAGAUGUCAAGGAACCCAACAGAUAUUUGGAUUUUUUUUCUACUGUGGUGUCUGAGACGGCACAGCUUAUUGCCUUGUGGAUGUCUGUUGGUUUUGCUCAUGGUGUUUGUAAUACUGAUAACUUCAGUUUGUUAUCCAUUACAAUUGACUAUGGUCCAUUUGGUUUUAUGGAGGCCUAUAAUCCAGAUUUUGUACCAAACACAUCUGAUGAUGAAAGAAGAUAUAAAAUAGGAAAUCAGGCUAAUAUUGGAAUGUUUAAUUUAAACAAGUUGUUACAAGCUCUAAACCCAUUACUGGAUCCUGGGCAAAAGCAACUUGCUGUUCAGAUUCUGGAGGGGUAUCCCAUUCUUUAUGAUACAAGAUUUAGAGAAUUGUUCAAAGCCAAAUUGGGAUUACUUGGAAAAAGCAAGGGUGAUGAUGAUUUAAUUGCAUUUCUCUUAUAUCUCAUGGAAAAGACAGAAGCUGACUUUACAAUGACAUUUCGGCAGCUCAGUGAGAUCACUCAAAGCCAGUUACAGGAGCUCAGCAUUCCUCAGCAAUUCUGGGCAUUGAAAACGAUCUCAAAGCACAAACUCUUUCCUGCUUGGGUGUCCCAGUACCUUUUGAGACUGAAGAGUAACAUGAAUGAUUCAGAUUCUGAAAGAAGAAAAAGAAUGACAAUUUACCAUGUGACUACACUUGGCUUGGAGAAGAAAAAAAAGGGAAGUUAGUCCUUUUUGCAACAUGGGUUCUAAGAAGAUCAAAGAAGUUAAGACAGAAGUACUCAAGUCCUGGAGUACUCUUGCCUUACUUAGGACUGCUGUGGAGAGCUAGUGUGUGUCAUCAGGGUGGCUGACUCAUGUUGAUGAAAUAAGAGUGAUGCUAAUAUUCCAUGUUAAGUUAGAGGAUGAGACUGCUUCUUGACUCAGGACACUAUUGUAGAAAUAAAAGCAAGUUGAGUUUUUACAAGGAAGUGAGUAAUCAAUCUUUGGGGAUCAGCAUGGAUUUAGCUGCCAGCCACUUAUGUUCACUGGUGCAAUCAUACAGAAUUUAUAGGCCAGCUCAAUAUGGACUAUAUCAGCAAUUAAGAGAAAAAAGAAAUUGAGAGAAGAAAAUGUCGUGGCUGUCUUCAGUAUUUGGAUUUGUUUGGUUAUGACAGGAUGGAUGAGAUGGUAAGAUGAAAGACAUUUAGUGAAUUCAAGGCUGCAGCUUUGAAUUCUUUUAGAGAAAUAAUAAAUGCUGAACAGUGUACUCUCAAGGAAAGGAAAAAUUAAUUUCCACAAUGAGCAAUGGGAAAAAGUUCCAGACAAGAUUAAAAAAAAAAAAGUACAGAAUUAGAUAACUUCAAAGAAUCCUAUGAACAGAUCUACAAUUUUCUGAUUUCAGGUAGUUUGUACAUAUCAACACAUAAUUUGAUCCAAAGUACUUCUGCUUGCAGCUACAAGUCCCAGCAUAUUUUAACAGUAUUUCGUUGCCAGGUUUCUAUAAAGUGUUGGUCAAGUUGGUUAAACUUUUAAUUGGGUGACUCCACUCUCCCUCUGCCUAAGUCGACUGCUUCCACAAUUUCCCUUGCAUGUCAGUUUCCUUUUCGUCUAAGGAUUAUAUAUAUUUAUUGUGUAUAUGUGUUUUUAUUUUAAAAGAGUUCUGCAUGAAUUCUUUAAAAUUUGGAAGAUGCAAACUUUUGUAGAAAGAAUAAAAAGAUUCCCAUCACUCAACCACAGUUGCUAUUCACUUUUCGAUG